UGAAGGGUAGUGGGGCAGAGCAGCAGAUCAUGUUCACCUCUCAAUAGAGGAACAGAGGUGAGAGAAAGAUCUGAAUUCCUUACAUCUUUAAUAUUACUCAUUCUGCUGUUGCUGACUGAAUCCAUUCUUCAUCUAUCUGAGUCACCAAGGUACUAUCUACAGUUUGUCCUGACUCAGACCUCCUGAUGCAUGCUCAGUAUUUAGGGUAAGGCUCAAUUAAAAUGAGACCUGCUCUAGACUGACUAAUCUAAAUUAACUGCAAUCAUCUCCUGCACCUGCUUGGAAAGGAAGCGACCAGCUGCUGUCAUUAACAUGCCAGCAGGUGCAGGCUGUUUAAAACUUGAAAUCUACGUCACAACAGUGCAGAAAAACAAACAGGGAGCCUAACAGUAAAGGACUGUGUUUGAGAUAAGCACAGCAGUGCAUGUGAGGCAACUGAUUGCAGGGAUGAUUGACUGUGAAGGCGGUAAACAGAUCAAUGAACAAUGAAGAUGAUGAAAAACCCAAAAUGAUCCACUUUAUUUGGGUGUCGUUCACUCUUCCAUGGCUUUCCCCAGCCGCAAACAGAACAAGACCCAUCUUUUCAUAUUUUAGGCUUCCUGUGCAGCCUGGAAAAGACCACAAAACUGUGGAUUUGGAUUUUAGCCUUUUCCACAUCUGAUAAAUAGCUGCCAUGCUGAGAAGAAGCUGGAGCAGCAGAGCUCGACAUUUGGCCUGGAGCGAAACACAGCAGGACACAGAUGUCAUGGCAGCUGUCCACGCCACCAACAAGGAGUGGGAGAACAAAGCAGUGACACAGAUCAGCGACUUCGAGUCUAAGAUGGAUCACCUGGUCAGAACUGGACCCGGCUCUGAGGUAGUGGCCCUGCCCUGCGAUGCAGCUGUGAAGCAGGAGUCGUUCCCCCUCUGUGAGGCGCCGGAGGAGCUGAGCCUGGGUUUGUGGGCUGCUGAUGACUGCUUCUGCAGGGAGGAGGACCAGGUUUUUGACUGGGUGUGGGACGAGCACUGUAAGUCCUCCGGAGCCUCCCUCAGCUGUGACAACAGGAAGGCGAGCUUCCAUUCGGACUACAGCUGCGGCACCGCCGCCAUCCGUGGCAACAGGGAGCUCUCAGACGGCCAGCACUACUGGGAAGUGAAGAUGACUUCUCCUGUCUAUGGAACAGACAUGAUGGUGGGGGUUGGAACUUCUGAGGUGAACCUGGACAAGUUUAAAUACAGCUUUGGCAGCUUGCUGGGCCACGAUGAAGACAGCUGGGGGCUCUCAUACACAGGUCUGCUUCAACACAAAGGAGAAAAAGUGAAAUUCUCCCCUCGGUUUGGCCAAGGGUCGAUCAUAGGCGUUCACUUGGACACAUGGCACGGCACCCUGACCUUCUACAAGAAUCGGCACUGCAUAGGUAUUGCUGCCACCAGGCUGCAGAGCAAGAAGUUCUACCCCAUGGUGUGCUCCACUGCAGCUAAGAGCAGCAUGAAGGUGAUCUGUGCCUGCUACACACCCACCUCCCUGCAGUACCUCUGCUGUGCCCGGCUGCGGCAGAUGUUGCCCUGUUGUCCAGACAUAAUUAAUGCCAUGCAGCUGCCCCCGGGCCUGCGGACCGUCCUCCAGAUCCAUCACGGCUGGGUGUUCGCCCUCAGCAGCACCCCUGACCCAUCUGAGGAAGAGGAGGACUACAUGCCCGAAUCUUGCCAGCAGGAUGCCCUCAAGCAGAUAAGCGUGCCUUCUAGCCCCUGCCUCAGCCGCUGUCCGAGCCCCGUAUCGAUCCCAAGUGCCUGUGCCGACCCAUAUCCUGAAACAGUCCCACAGUACCACUGCCCCUGUCACACGACUCCUCAGAAUGACUCCACCGCCUGCCACUGUCCUCCGACUCCUCCGAGCAGUGACUACGAGAGCUGCUGCUCCGACCCAGAGGAUUAUCAGUGCAAAAGAUGCCGCUGGACGUGACCCGGUUCUUGGGUCCAAAGCUUCUUCUACCACUGCCAUCAGUGUUUGCUCUGAGCAUUCUCACCUUCUAGUCAACAUUUAACAGCAUCAGUGCUUCUGUUUCAAAGUGUCAUAAAUAUUAGAGAUUAUUCUUGCUUUCAUCUUUAAAAUGCCACAGUCAAUGCCUUUGGAAAAGGCAGAUCAGACUCUGAAAACCAAAGAGGGAAACUUGUUGAAUGUUUUCAGGGAUAGACUCCAAGAGAGGAGAUUCUUUUUAUUACUAUAAGUCUUUUUAUAAGUGUUUUUUAUCUAUCUUGAAUAUCAGAUGAGAUUACACUGAUGCUGUCUGUUUUUCUAUUUAUUGCUACACCUGAUUGUGAACUUUCUUACAAUCCUGUAAAAUAAAUCCAAGAAUGAAAUUA